AUGACCUUGAACGCAAAAGACCAGAAACUCAUGGACUCACAACUCAGUGCCAAUUUCAUCUUGCAUGAAUCCGAGACCCUACGAGGAUACAGCAAGGGUCUUGAGUACGAUUCGCAAAGGGCCACUUUCAAACCAAAGACAAGCAGCCAUGGUCAUGAUGUUGACUUUGCAAGUGACGCAAUACAACUUACUAAAGGAGCCCUUGAACUUUACUGCAAUUCUGAUCCCAAACAUGUUACUUUCUCUUCGAACCUUACAUGGGACGAUGUUGCCGUAGCGUCGAAAGAAGCAAGAAUCCGAGAGAACACAAGAAAAGACACUACCUGGAGUACAAUUGUUGAUACUGUGAAGACUGCCAGAGCGGAUUAUAAUUCGAAGGGGCGCUUUCGAAAGGUCGGUCGGUCACUCGGAGACAUUGCACCCGCCAUAGUUCACAAGUUGGACUUUGCUCCCGACCAAAUGUACUUGAACGUCAUCUGUCAGGGUCUAAAGUUCGUUUUCGAUGCCGCUAUCAAGCUCGCAGACAAACGGAAAAAAAUUCUUGACACUUUCGAAAACAUACCCGCAUUGGUCAAGGACGUGCAUGCAUAUGACCAGUUCUUCGACAAGAAUGAAGAUUAUGUGCAACUCAGGGAGGACUUUGAUGUUUGUCUGCUAAUGGCUAUCGCCAAUUCAAUCCAGUGGUUGGCGAAGCCACCAAUAUGUCAGGUGCUUCUGCCGUCAGAACAGCAGCAACACCGACGACGACGACAAAAACAGAAAAACGAGAAGCCCAAGGUGACUGAGCCCAUUAUUCACCAAGGCCAGCUCACAAGUUUCAUGGCCGUCGAUGACGAUCAUCUUGCAGACAUCUCACAUAUUCUUGAAAACAGCACCCGCUUCGACAUGGACGAGGUGAGGCUAGCCUAUACUGUAGCCAAUAGCACAGAUAUAAGGGACUGGUUGUCCGCGACCAGAGGUAUACUCUUCCUGAAUGGCUCAGGUGACAUGACAGCAGCUAGGGAGCCUCCCUUCUCAGCAGUACUCGCUUCGUUGGUAUUCGGAAUCAGUCAAAAUCCUGAGGCUGUCGUGCUUCGUUUUCUCUGCGGUUUGCACUCUGAGCCUAAUCAAGCCAUCUCGGGAGCCAGUGGCCUGCUGCGAAGUUUGAUCACACAGCUGUCAUUCAAAUACGAUUUCAAUCUAGGCUUCAUCAACAGCGAAUCCUAUAGAGAGGGACUUCGAGAGCAUGAUCUGCAAACACUUUGUGAGACCUUUUCCGCUAUGGUUUCUCAGCUUCCUACCGACAGCGAACUCUACUACGUCAUUGAUGGCAUCUCGUGGCUCGAAACUCCACGUUGGCGAGAGGACCUUAUUGCAGCGGUCGCUUAUGUUUGUUACUUGUGUGUGGACCCUGUUGGUCAGACUCGUCUCAAAAUUCUGAUGUCGAGUCCCGCGAGAAGUCUACUGUUGACACAAGAGUUGAGAGAGUACGGCGAGCAUAUCAACGUGGUUGAGGUACAUUCUUAUCAAAUUGAUGAAACGUGA